AUGCGCGUUUCCACGGUGGCCACUGCUGCCAUGGUCGCAGGCUCGACUCAGGUGCAAGCUGCUCCCACUUUCGGUCUCGCUUUUGGCCUUCUCAAGGGCCUUACCACCGCCGUCCACACUGAUAUCAACCUCCUUCUGGGCUCUCUCGGUGUCGGUGUCCAGACCAACGCCAACAUCCAUGGUAAAGCAAUUGGCUUUGGUGGUGUUGGAUGCCCCUUCUCCCUUGCCAACCAGGCUGGCGUUUCUGUCAACGCUGGUCUUCACGGUGGACUUUCCCACAACAUUGGCUGGACUGCUGUCAAUGGUGGUGCUUUCAUUAACUGGAGAAACUUCAAGGCCAACGGUGUCACCCUUAGCGGAUGGUUGGUCCAGGACAAGUCUCUCGACGUUGACUGGUGGAACAAGUACGGCUCUGGCUGCGACGACGAGUGGUCUUUGACUGCCAAGCUCGGUGCUCAGGCCGGUUCUGUCCUUGAGGCUCGCUAUGCUUCCUACAUCACCACCAGCUACAUCGAUUCGCUCGCUGCUGCUGGUAUCAACCUUCUGAGAAUCCCCACUCACUACGCUGCUUGGGUUUCCGUCCCUGGCAGUGCUCUCUACCACGGCAACCAGCAGGCUCACCUCAAGACCAUCUGCCAGUAUGCCAUUGAGCGCCACGGUAUGCACAUCGUCAUUGGUCUUGACUCCCUUCCCGGUGGUGUCAACGGUCUUGCUGCCGGUGAGCGUAUCGGUGCCACCGCUUGGUUCAACUCUGCCGAGAACCUUUCCUACUCCUUCCAGGCUAUUGACGCCAUCCUCGGUUUCAUCUCCGCCACUGGCCACCUCAACGCCUUCACCAUCUCUCCUAUCAACGAGCCUUGCGAUGUUACUGCUCAGUUCGCCACCCAAGGUGGUCUCAGUCUCGGUGCCACCAACUUCAUCAACACAUAUGUUCAGGGUGUCCUCAAGAAGAUCGGUCAGCUCGACGCUCGCAUUCCCUGCAUGGUUCAAGAUGCUUUCCUUGGUCACGACUACUGGGCUCCUUUCUUCUCUGCUGGUGCCAACGUUGUCAUUGACAGCCACGUCUCUUUCUCCGGUGCCGUUGGCGCUGGUAUCUCAGCAGGAAUCGGCGCUGGAAUCAACGCUGCCGCAAAUGUUGGUGCUGGUGUCAAUGCUGGCUUGAACGCUGGUGCAAACGUUGCCUCCGCAGUUGGCGCAAACGCUGGUGUUGGUGCUGCUGCUGGCCUGAACGCUGGAGCAAACGCUGGCUUGAACGCUGGAGUUGGUGCUGCUGCUGGAGUUAAUGCUGCUGCUGGAGUUGGUGCUGCCGCUGGAGUUGGAGCAAACGCUGGCCUGAACGCUGGAGCAAACGCUGGAGUUGGUGCUGCUGCUGGAGCUGGAGCUGGUGCACGCGUUGGUGGUGGUCUUCUCGGUGGUCUUGGUCUUGGUGGUCUUCUUGGUGGUGGUCUUUCAGGAAACGCAAAUGCUGGCGCCAACGCUGGCCUGAACGCUGGAGCAAACGCUGGUGUGAACGCUGGAGCCAAGGUCGGAGGUGCUGCAUCCGCUGGAGUUGGCGCAAACGCUGGUCUGUACCCUGCAGUCAACGCUGGUGUGGACGCUGGAGCCAAGGUUGGAGGUGCUGCCUCUGCUGGAGUCGGAGCAAACGCUGGUGUCAACGGUGUGAAAGCUGGAGCCAACGCUGGUGUCAACGGACAAGCCUCUCUCCUCAAGGGUUCCGGCAAGUUCCCCGUCUUCGUCGGCAGCUACGGUAUCCAGGCCCAAGAAGGCAACACCCUCUCUGGCCGCAAGACCAUCUACAACACCCAGAAGUACGCCUACGCACAGAACCUGUCCGGUGGUUGCUUCCAGCCACGCAAAGGCAAACUCUAA